AUGCACCCCAUCUUGGGGCGCAUUGCCAUUUGCUUUGUGUUAUUUCUCAUUCUUUUCCCUACCUUGACUUGCCAAAUCUACAUCAUAUGGCCUUGGUAUGGGCGUGAGCUGUCCGUAGAGCUCAUAACUCUUCUCUUGCCAUUCAAUGUCCUUGCUGCAUCGCUACUAUGGAACUACUACCUGUGCAUAGUUACUGAUCCCGGAGAGGUUCCGGAUGGUUGGGUACGCCCAAGGCUCAGCCGCAUCGAAGGGUAUGAGGUUAAAAGACUGACAGGUCGACCUCGGUUUUGCCGUACCUGUGAAAAGUUUAAGCCUCCAAGGUCCCAUCAUUGUAAACAAUGCAACAGAUGUGUGCUGAGAAUGGACCACCAUUGUCCUUGGACAAAUAACUGCAUCGGCCAUUUCAAUUAUGGACACUUUAUUCGUUUUCUAUUUUACGUGGAUGUAACUUGCUCGUAUCACCUCGCUAUGGUCUCAUACCGGGUCAUGGCCGCAUCUGGCAGACGGUACUAUGAUGAGCCGACGGGUGCCGAACUUAUCUUCAUCAUAUUGAACUACGUUUUUGUCGUCCCCGUGAUCCUUGUAGUUGGAGGGUUCAGUCUUUAUCAUUUCCAUAGUCUGUCGGGCAACACCACAACUAUCGAAGGCUGGGAGAAAGACAAAGCUGCGAUGCUACGACGACACGGCAAAAUUGAAGAGAACCUCGGCACGAGGCGUAAUAUUGCCUCAAUUCUCGGAAACAAUCCACUUUUGUGGUGUUGUCCAACCGUCCCUCCUGGGACUGGCCUUAAAUACCAGCUUUCAGUUGCUGAUGAACAUUAUAACUGGCCUCCUCGAGACCCGGCUUUGUCUGACCAGCCACCAUUCAAACUCCCUGACAGUCCAUGGACGUACGAGAACGGGGAUGUCAAUCCCAAUCUACGUCCAACAAAUGGUCAACUACGUGGUGUCAAUGGUAACCGGUAUAAAUCCACGCAAGAUCCUGUCUCUGUUUUACCACCUUACCAUGCAGAUUACGAGGAUCCUGGGGUUGAUACCCAUCCUGGACGACCAUAUUCUCCUGACAGUGAUUCAGAUUACUCAGAAGAGGGAUUCUCCGGAGCUAUCAGGAUGCGUCGGGGCUCGGAGGGGUACGAGGUGCGCCCCGUAAAUCGGGGGCAGUUGUUUCAAGAAUACGUGCAGGACCAGAUUAAUGAGGCUGGCCGAUACCAAGUGUAUGAACCUGAGCACACUCUAGAGAGUGACGAGGAUUUUCGAGGAGCAUGA